AUGGCGGAAAAAGAAAGCGGCAUAUCCGUGGGAAAGGUGGCUGGAAUUGCAGCAUGGGCAGCGAUCACGCGGAAAUUGGCACUCCCGUCUCUGCUUCGUGCGACGGAGCUUUUCGUUUUCAAUGGCGAGGCUGUCGUUAAUUCCGACAUAAUCCUUUCUCUCCUCGCGCUCUCCACGUGUCCGCUCUCGAAGGUCCAGAGCGUAAUUCGCUUCAAGGAUCCCAAGGAGACGCUGAUCGGAGCGGUGGUCGCGGCGGUGUUGGGGCUUCACAACGUCGUCGUGCGCCGCGCCAAGCUGAACCGACUCAAGGAGCAAUCGAUGCUCCUGCCAGGGGAGGAGGCCGUCUGGCGCAGGAAGAACCUUCCUGGAAAUGAGCUUAUGGUAGUGUCCUACGAGGAGGCCUCCACGUGCUAUCACAACUUCUUCACCUUUGCUCGCCAGAGGUUCGCAGAUAACCCCUGCCUGGGCACUCGAACCGGUGAUGGAUUCUCCUGGGAGAGCUACGAGCUCACGGCACGCCGAGCCUCCGACUUUGGUGCGGGGCUGGUGUACCUGGGGCUGAAGCCCGGCGACAGGUUCGGCAUCUAUAGCGUGAACAACGCGGAGUGGGUGCUGGCGGAGCUGGGAGGGUACUGCUACGGACUUGUCAACGUGUCACUUUACGCCACACUGGGGCAGGAGGCGGUGAACCACGUGGUGAAUCACUCCGAGAUGGUGGCUGUGGUGUGCAGCGUGGAGACCCUCUCAUCUCUCUUCAAGGCGCUGCCAUCAGCCCCAGCAGUGAAGACGGUGAUAUACAUGCAGGGGGGCGGGCAGGCACCCAGCGACGCGGACAGGCAGACAGCAGAGGAUGCGGGCGUGAAGCUGAUUCCGUUCUCGCAGGUGGAGGAGUGGGGCGCGCAGAACCCCCAGGAGCACACCCCCCCCAAGCCUGAAGACCUGGCUGUGCUCAUGUACACGUCUGGCACCACUGGCGAUCCCAAGGGAGUGAUGCUAACGCACCGCAACAUCAUAGCCAACACCACCUCAUGCCCGGCAGUGCUGGGCACCUCAGGGGUCACCCUCGGCUCCGGCGACCGCUACCUCUCCUACCUGCCCUUGGCGCACAUCUUCGAGCGGGCGGCUCUUGCGUCCAUGUACAUGCAGGGCGUGGCAGUGGGCUUUUACAGUGGCAAGGUUGAGUCUCUCCUCGAGGACAUGGGCGCCUUAAAGCCUACCGUCCUGUUUGGUGUGCCCCGGGUCUUCAACAAGGUGCACGACAAGGUGCUGCAGCAGGUGGACGCUGGCUCCGCGCUGAAGCGAUUCCUCUUCAACUCGGCCAUUGGGGAGAGCGCCAAGGUGCUCAAGGCUGGUGGGGCCUUCAAGUCGCUUCCUCUCUGGGAUACGCUGAUUUUCAAAAAGGUGCAAGCCCGUGUUGGUGGCUGCUGCAGAGUCAUUCUCUCAGGAGGGGCGCCCAUUAGCGCAGCCACACAGCAGUUCCUUGCCAUCGCCUUCGGUUGCCCUGCACUUCAGGGUUACGGCCUGUCAGAGACAAGUGCAGCUGGCACCAUCACAGCACUCGAAGACCCCAACACGGGCCACGUGGGACCCCCCCAGCCAUCAGUGGACAUGAAGCUGGCACCGGUGCCGGAGAUGGAGUACCUACCGACUGACAAGCCCAAGCCUCGGGGAGAGAUUUGCUUCAGGGGAGCGUCGGUGAUGGUGGGGUAUUACAAGCAGGAGGAGAUGACCGCUGAAGUCAUUGACAGUGAUGGAUGGUUCCACACUGGAGACAUUGGGCAGGUGAACGAGGACGGCACACUCACCAUCAUCGAUCGCAAGAAGAACAUCUUCAAGCUCGCCCAGGGCGAGUAUGUGGCAGCAGAGAAGCUAGAGGUGCUGUAUGCUGGUGCUGCAGUGGUGGGCCAGAUCUUUGUGUAUGGCGACAGCUUCAAGUCCUCACUGGUGGCGGUGGUGGUGCCUGAGAAGGAUGUGCUCUCUGAUUGGGCCACGUCAUCAGGAGCCCUCUCUGCUGACGAGGCUUCCACGGCAUCCCUUGCUGACCUCUGCGCCCUCCCAGGAGCAAAGGAGUAUGUCCUGGAUGAGCUGGUGAAGCGCGCCAAGGCAACGAGCAUGAAGGGCUUUGAGGUGGUGCGGGGCGUGACCCUGGAGGCCGAGGCCUUCACCACGGACAACGACCUCAUGACGCCCUCCUUCAAGCUCAAGCGCCCCAAGCUCAAGGCCAAGUAUCAAGCGGCAAUUGACGAGCUCUACACCACACUCACGUAA